AUGAAUAGAGUUAAAAAACUCAAGAAUGAGUCAAUUGAGUUGCCAGAUUGUGUUAUAUCUUAUAUCUUUUCCAAGUUAAGUUUGAAGAAUUUGGUGAAAACUAGUGCUUUGUCCAAACAUUGGUAUCACGAAUGGGGAUCAAGGAAGGACCUCACUUUUGAUCUCCAUAAUAUCUUUGACUAUAAUACAGUUCCAGAAUUACCAAUAACCCUUCCACACUUUCAACAACUUCAAUCUCAAUUUGCCGCAAGUUUGGAUACAUUCAUGCAGAAAUAUCCCGGUGACAUGAUCAGUUCAAUUCGAAUAAAUUUUCCAUUAGGUGUCGAUCAUACUUAUGCCAUUGAUGGAUUGAUUCACAAAGGACUUUUUAAGGGUGCCAAUCGUAUUGAACUUCUCAUCGCAAAUAAAACUGAUUAUAAAAUAAAGCCAUACAAAUUCUCAUUUCCUUUCUUGUCUGGCCCUAAUUCUCUCACAUAUCUACACCUACAGAACUGCCAUAUAGCAGCAACUAUGGAAUUUUCUGGAUUAAAAAAUUUGACAACUCUUGUGUUGCAUCUAGUUCCUGUGUCGCAGAAUAUGAUUCAACAUAUGUGUUUUAACUGCAUUCAUCUUGAGAACUUGACUCUUAAUCAAUGUCUGUUCCUAUCUGACUUAAAUAUAACUAGUACAUCAUUGCUUCAUUUGAACAUUAACUGCGGUCGUAUCAGGACAAAAAGGAGGAAUAUUGAUAUCAUUGCAUCAAAUCUCUUAUCCAUUGAAUAUUCUUCAAAGUUUUACAUUCAUAUAUUACACAAUGUGAACAUUAACUCUCAUACGCUAUCCAACAUGACCUACAGAUGCGCUAAAAUAUUUAAUCUUGAGUUUUCUAGACUGACAAAUGUUACAACAAUUGUGUUGGAUGGACUCCGUGAAAAUGGUGAUGUUUUAACUCAUUUGUUUUCAAAAUGUCUCCAACUGGAAGAUGUCUCCAUUAACAUGUGCCGGUUCACGUCUGAUUUGAAAAUUAUCAGUGCAAAGUUGCGUCAUUUGAGCAUAGUUCAUUGUCGCCAUAGGAAUUACCGUUCUUGUAAGAUGGAUAUUCAUGCUCCGAAUCUACUAUCCUUUGAAUAUAGAGGUCACAAGCUCAUGAGGAGUAUAAUCUCUCUCGAGGCUCCAAAGUUAUUGAAGGUUUUUUGGGAUGCAAGAUUUAACAAGAUAAAUAUAUAUAGCUUUGCUACAAUUGCAAGAUUAAAUCAGGUUGAAAAUUUCACGAUGCAUAUGAGCCUUUCACAGAUAUCCAAGUUAAUGGAGGAAUAUAUGGAUCAAUAUCAAAAUCUUAGACAAUUGGAAUUAUUUAUUGCUGGAACAUAUAAUCCCAAUAUAGACUACUUUUGGAUUUUAGAUAAUGUAAUGGCUUCUCAAUAUCGCCAACAACUUUCUGUAACAAUGAGAAUGAGUUAUUCAACCUUUUAG